AUUGUUUAGGUUAUAUUUUUAUUCUUUGACAAAUGAAAUUCUUCAUUUGAGAUGCAAUAAAAACAAACUGUUGUAACUCAGAUUAAUACUACCUCAUUUAAAUUUUAAGAAUUCUCCAUGAUGUCUAAUGAUGAACCCACUGAUUUGGAUUGGGUGCAGCUCCGAAAAGAGAUGGGAGCGCACCAGCAUGUUGAAACAACAAGUGAAAAAUUUGGAAGAAAAUUUUCUGAGAAUCCUUUCGUUCCUAUCGGAUGUUUGGCCACAGCAGGUGCUCUGUCAUAUGGACUUUGGAGCUUCAGAACAGGGCGCAAGAAGAUGUCUCAACAAAUGAUGCGGCUCAGAAUAGUUGCACAAGGAUUUACAAUCACAGCUUUAGUGGUUGGUGUUAUGAUGACAACUGGGAAAAGUCUAACAAAGUAGUUUCUGCAAUUCAUUUGAUAUUAUUGAUUUUAGUACUUUCAAUAAGACACAAUGGAUAUUUAAGUAGUAUUUUUAUUAAAUAGAAUAAUCUCACCUGAUGUAUUUCUAAUGUAUGUAAACAUAGUAUAAUAACAUGUUGACUAUACAACACAUUGAAAUGUAAAAAUACACACAUUUUUUAGUCAUUGUUUUAGGAGUUUGUAAAUAAAAACUUAAAUUCUUCUGCUUCGGUGA